AUGUGGAGGCCGCACUGCCUCAGGCUGACGAGAGAGCUCCGCGCCAGCACUCGCAAUGCCACCUUUGUAUCGCGCUCCUACAGCCAGGAUGUGAGCAAGGCGGCGCCAAUAAGCACUGAAGAGUUUUGGGACGCCUUCGUGGCAAUAUGGCCCUACGCGAGGAAGACGGACGCGUCGAGGAUUGGCCUCGCGGUGAGCGGUGGCGUUGACUCCAUGGCUCUAGCUAGUCUUUGUAACAGCGCUGCAAAGAAAUACGACAAGUUCCCUGAAUGCGUAGGGCUCAUUGUGGACCAUAAGAGCCGGGAGGGUAGUUCUGAGGAAGCAUUAUGGGUAGCGGAACAACUGAGGAAGCAUGCCGGCAUGUCCUCACAUAUAUUACCGCUACAAUGGCCUGAAAAUCCGCACGAGGCGACCGAUUUCGAAACACAAGCCCGAAGGUUCAGGUAUAGGGCCUUAGGUCUCGCCUGUCGAGAGCAUGGUCUACCCUCUAUACUAGUUGCCCACCACGCCGACGACCAAGCCGAGACACUUUUGAUGAGGCUGAUGGUGGGAAGAGUUAGGACAGGCAUGCAAGGCAUCCAGGCUGUGAAGGAGAUACCCGAAUGCUAUGGACUACAUGGUGUUCACCAAAGUGGAGGGCUGGACCUAGUACCAGUACCUACAGCCGAAGGACGGCAACGCCAGCCCAUCAGGAUUGAGACUGGCGGAAUCAAGAUCAUACGCCCGUUGCUUCAAUUUCGCAAGGAGAGGCUAAUUGCAACGUGUCUGGCAAAUGAGGUGCCUUGGACAGAGGACAAGACAAACCAUGAUAAGACACUAACAGAUCGGAAUGCAAUACGACACGUGUUUAAAAAUCACCAGUUGCCAGUAGCUUUACAACCGGAGUCGCUCGUGGGUCUCUCUCAUCGCAUGCAGGAGCGUGUUGAAGAUGGGAGGGAAAUAGAAAAAGGCCUGCUGAAACUCUGCAAACUGCGGUUGGACGUUCGAGGUGGAAUUCUACGAGUAAACUUCUCUAAAGCUAGACUUGCGAUCGACAAGCUCGCUGCGACCGAUGACAAACUUGCAAGAACACUCGCUGCCCAAUUACUUUCACAUCUAGCCACACUGGUAAGCCACGCUCCUGUCGUUAAGACCAAUCGUUUCGACUUCGCCGUGGACACUAUUUUCCCGAUACUUCAAUUGACGAAGAUAUCCACCCCCCCGCGGCCCUUUACGGUUGGCGGAGCGUUCUUCUGUCCUAGUCCAGCGGGUCAGGUUGGUAGCGUUCCGAAAGCAGAGUUCGAGUGGACUGUUGGCCGACAGCCAUACAGUAAAGGGAACGAUCCGCCUCCCCUCCUGGUUAUACCUCCUAGGAACAUCGACCCUGCAGUUGUGGCCACCGAUUCCACGAGCGCCGGCUACCAGAUGUUCGAUGGCCGUUUCUGGGUUCGCAUUGCCAAUCCAACCGACCACACCGUUCGUCUUCGGCCUUUUAGCGAAAAAGAUCUCCCGCACAUAAAGAAACCGCUUAAGAACAUCAUCACUAGUGUAACACCUACUUCCUUCAGGGAAACGCUUCCUGUACUUACCAAAACCGAUACGGACGGUAACGAAAAGAUCAUUGCGAUACCAACGCUAGGUAUAAGGCUUGGGAGCCGUAACUUCGUAGGCGGAAUAAGAUGGUCAAUACGAUACAAAAAGAUUGACAUUGGAGGACUUCAUGUCGAGGACAUUCUUAACAGUCAAGUCUCGGACGAGAUAAAGAAAUUGGAGAGAAAGGAGAGGAUCACGAUUGCAACAGCAAAACAGCCAAGAAUAAUUGAUAUCGCUCCAGCUCCCAGGCUCGCUAGAAAAGAGAAGUCGCACUUUAGGAGUCUGUCGAAAUGGGAGAAGCCGGAAAGGAAAAAAGGAAGAGAUGAGCAGGUCAUUGGCUGGCAAUAA